AUGGCUUCCAAGGCUUUCCCUCCCGCUUCGGCUCGCCUCGGCGAAGCUGAGAACGAGGACCUCUUCUGCUUGGAGCUCGAAGAUGGCUCAGCCUACCAGGGCUACAGCUUCGGUGCUCCCAAGAGCAUUGCCGGUGAGCUGGUCUUCCAGACGGGCAUGGUUGGCUAUCCCGAGUCCGUCACAGACCCCUCCUACCGAGGUCAAAUCCUCGUCAUCACCUUCCCCCUGGUCGGCAACUAUGGCGUUCCCUCGAGGGAGACAAUGGAUGAGCUGCUGCGCGACCUGCCUGCCCAUUUCGAGUCGUCCCAAAUCCACAUCGCCGGUCUCGUGACAGCCUCCUAUUCCGGCGAGGACUUCUCCCACUUCCUGGCAACCUCUUCCCUCGGAACUUGGUUGAAGGAACAAGGCAUACCGGCAAUGCACGGCGUCGACACUCGCGCAUUGACCAAACACAUCAGAGAGAAGGGCAGCAUGCUUGGCCGCAUGCUGCUGCAAAAGUCACAAGCGGCGAAUGGCAUCCCCAACGGAACCAAUGGCCAAACAAACGGUGUGCCGCAAGCUUUGAAAGAUUGGAAGCCGUACUUUGAUACUGUCGAUUGGGUCAACCCCAAUGAUAAGAACCUCGUAGCAGAGGUGUCCGUCAAGGCGCCAAAACUGUACACGCCUCCUGCAGACAUUGCCUUGAAGCACCCGUCUGGCAGGACGAUUCGUAUUCUCUGCCUCGACGUUGGCAUGAAAUUCAACCAGCUUCGGUGCUUCCUCAAGCGAGGCGUCGAAGUCCUCGUAUGCCCCUGGGACCACGAUAUUGUGGCACAAGCGGGUGACGAGUAUGACGGUUUGUUCAUCUCCAACGGUCCGGGUGACCCUUCUGUCUUGGAUGUCACCGUGAAGAAUAUCGCAACGGCCAUGGCCAAGAACCGUACCCCAGUAUUUGGUAUUUGCUUGGGCCACCAGCUGCUGGCCAGAACCGCCGGAGCUGGCACAACCAAGCUCAAGUUCGGUAACAGAGGUCACAACAUUCCUUGCACAAGUCUGAUCACUGGAAAGUGCCACAUUACUUCUCAGAACCACGGUUUCGCCGUCGACAGCAAGACUCUUCCCUCCGACUGGCAGGAGCUCUUCGUGAAUGCGAACGACGGCACCAAUGAGGGUAUAGUGCAUGUCAACAAGCCCUACUUCAGUGUUCAGUUCCAUCCUGAGAGCACUCCCGGCCCUCGAGACACCGAAUUCUUGUUUGAUGUCUUCAUUCAGACCAUUGUCAAGUGCGCAUCGGACAGCACCCUUCUUUCAAAGCCUGUCAGCUUCCCUGGUGGCACAGCGGCUGAAAAUGAGGCACUGCACCCUCGCGUCAAACCGAAGAAGGUUCUCGUACUCGGCAGUGGUGGUCUCAGUAUCGGUCAGGCCGGUGAAUUCGACUACUCUGGUAGCCAGGCCAUCAAAGCCCUCAAGGAGGAAGGCAUCUACACCGUCCUCAUCAACCCCAACAUUGCCACUAUCCAGACGUCCAAGGGUCUGGCGGAUAAGGUCUACUUUCUGCCAGUGAACGCCGAGUUUGUCCGAAAGGUCAUCCAGUACGAGCGGCCCGAUGCCAUUUACGUGACGUUCGGUGGUCAGACCGCUCUGCAAGUUGGUAUCCAGCUCAAGGAUGAAUUUGAGGAACUUGGAGUCAAGGUGCUAGGUACACCCAUCGACACCAUCAUCACCACCGAGGACCGUGAGCUUUUCGCUCGCAGUAUGGAGUCCAUCGGCGAGAAGUGCGCCAAGUCUGCUUCGGCCAGCAGCGUCGAAGAGGCAAUGAAUGCUGUCAAGGACAUUGGCUUCCCCGUGAUCGUGAGAGCCGCCUAUGCUCUCGGUGGACUGGGCAGUGGCUUCGCGAACAAUGAAGCCGAGCUUCUUGAUCUUUGCAACAAGGCUCUGGCUGCUAGUCCCCAAGUCCUCAUCGAACGCAGUAUGAAGGGUUGGAAAGAAAUCGAGUACGAAGUUGUCCGAGAUGCCCAGGACAACUGUAUCACUGUCUGUAAUAUGGAGAACUUCGACCCGCUUGGUAUUCACACCGGUGAUUCGAUCGUGGUUGCUCCUUCUCAGACGUUGUCUGACGAGGAUUACAACAUGCUUCGAACCACGGCGGUCAACGUCAUCCGUCAUCUUGGAGUGGUCGGAGAGUGCAAUAUUCAGUAUGCGCUCAACCCCUUUUCCAAGGAGUACUGCAUCAUCGAAGUCAACGCGAGAUUGUCGAGAUCUUCGGCACUCGCCUCCAAGGCAACUGGCUACCCUCUGGCUUUCAUCGCUGCUAAGUUGGGUUUGAACAUUCCGCUCAAGGACAUCACGAACACUGUCACCCGGUCCACCUGCGCAUGCUUCGAGCCGUCGCUGGAUUACGUCGUUGUCAAGAUGCCUCGUUGGGACCUCAAGAAGUUCACUCGGGUGUCGACACAACUGGGCUCUUCCAUGAAGAGUGUUGGUGAAGUCAUGAGCAUUGGCAGAAGCUUCGAAGAGGCCAUUCAGAAAGCGAUCCGCGCGAUCGACUUCCAAAACUUGGGUUUUAACGACACCUCGAACGCUCUCAUGUCGAUCGAUGACGAGCUGCAGACGCCGUCGGAUCAACGUCUCUUCGCCAUUGCCAACGCUAUGCACGCCGGCUACACCGUCGAUAAGAUCUGGGAGCUGACCAAGAUCGACAAGUGGUUCCUUCACAAGCUGAAGGGCUUGAGCAACUUUGGCAAAGCCAUGACGCAAUAUCAUACCGGCGACAUCGCACAGAAUCCCAACAUCUUGCUGCAGGCUAAGAGACUUGGAUUCUCGGACCGACAGCUGGCCAAGUUCUGGAACUCAAACGAGUUGGCUGUGCGCCGCUUGAGAGACGAAGCCGGCAUCAUGCCCUAUGUCAAGCAGAUCGACACAGUGGCUGCCGAGUUCCCUGCUAUGACAAACUACCUCUACCUGACCUACAACGCCACCCAACACGAUGUCAACUUUGAUGAGCACGGUGUCAUGGUCCUGGGCUCGGGUGUCUACAGAAUUGGCUCCUCGGUCGAGUUUGACUGGUGUUCUGUCCGGGCUAUCCGCACACUCCGAGAUGCUGGCUUCAAGACCAUCAUGGUGAACUACAAUCCGGAAACGGUAAGCACCGAUUAUGAUGAAGCCGACAAGCUGUACUUUGAGAAUAUCAACGUGGAGACGGUGCUCGAUAUCUACCAGCUGGAGGCCGCAAGAGGUGUGCUCGGUGCUAUGGGUGGUCAGACUCCCAAUAACAUCGCUCUGCAACUUCACCGAGCCGGGGUCAAGAUGUUGGGAACGUCACCUGAAAUGAUCGACUCGGCAGAGAACCGAUACAAGUUCUCCCGUAUGCUCGACCGUAUUGGCGUUGACCAGCCUACCUGGAAGGAGUUGACGAGCUUCGACAAGGCCAAGGACUUCUGCAACAGUGUGUCUUACCCAGUGCUGGUUAGGCCUUCCUACGUGCUUUCCGGUGCCGCUAUGAACACGGUUUACUCCGAGGCAGACCUGGAGAACUACCUCAAGCAGGCUGCAGAUGUGUCACCGGAACACCCAGUCGUCAUCACAAAGUACAUCGAGAAUGCCAAGGAGAUCGAGAUGGACGCUGUCGCCCAUGACGGAGAGCUCGUUGGCCACUUUAUCUCUGAGCAUGUCGAGAAUGCUGGUGUGCACUCAGGUGAUGCAACUCUGAUCCUCCCGCCUCAAGAUCUUGAGCCCACCACUAUUGAACGCAUUGAGGAGGCGACUCGCAAGAUUGCAGUUGCAUUGAACGUUACUGGGCCGAUGAACAUCCAGUUUAUCGCAAAGGACAACGACAUCAAGGUCAUUGAGUGCAAUGUUCGAGCAUCUCGUUCAUUCCCCUUUGUCUCGAAGGUCAUGGGGAUCGAUCUCAUCGAGAUGGCCACCAAGGCCAUUAUGGAGGUGCCUUUCGAGCCAUACCCAGCGGUUGAGAGACCUGCUGGUGCUGUGGGUGUCAAGGUUCCGCAAUUCAGCUUCUCCCGUCUCUCAGGCGCUGACCCUGUCUUGGGAGUAGAGAUGGCUUCCACUGGUGAGGUGGCUUGUUUUGGUGUUGACAAGUAUGAGGCAUACUUGAAGGGCUUGAUGUCCACUGGCUUCAAGAUUCCCAAGAACAACAUUCUGCUCUCCCUGGGAUCCUACAAGGACAAGAUGGAAAUGCUUCCAUCCAUCAAGAAGCUGCAGGAGUUGGGAUACAAGCUUUUCGCCACCGCAGGUACCGCCGACUUCUUGCAGAGUCACGACAUACCCGUCCAGUUCCUGGAGGCUCUGCAGGAGGACGACCAGAAGUCCGAGUUCUCGCUCACGCAGCACUUGGCAAACAACAUGAUCGACCUGUACAUCAACCUGCCUUCGAACAACAAGUACCGUCGCCCAGCCAACUAUAUGAGCAAGGGCUACAGGACACGAAGAAUGGCCGUCGAUUAUCAAAUUCCCUUGGUCACGAACGUCAAGAACGCAAAGAUUCUCGUCGAGGCCAUUGCCAAGCACAUGGCUCUCGACGUGAGCAUUGUGGACUACCAGACCAGCCAUCGCACUGUCUUGCUGCCUGGUCUUAUCAACAUCGCAGCUUUUGUACCUGGCAUUGUGUCGGAGAAGAGCCGUGACCUGGAGAAUGUGACCAAGGCCUCCCUCGCAGCAGGUUUCACCAUGAUUCGUACCAUGGCCGUUGGUCGCGAGGGUGCAAUCACAGAUGCGCGCUCGCUCGCCGCCGCUCAGCAGAAUGGCAAGUCUGGCAUCUACUGUGACUUCAACGUGUCAGUCGCUGCCACCUCUUCGAACGCCAACCAGAUCAGUCACGUCGCUGGAGAGGUCGGAGCUCUGUUCAUCCCCUUCAACCACCUGUCCGACAAUAUUAGCAAGGUCGCCGCUGUCACUGCUCACUUCGAUGCUUGGCCUGCCCACAAGCCAAUCUUGACAGAUGCCAAGCUCACCGACCUGGCGUCAAUUCUUCUUUUGGCCAGCCUUCACAACAGGAAGAUCCACGUCACAUCUGUCACGACAAAGGAUGACAUUAAGCUUAUCGGCCUUAGCAAGCAGAAGGGGCUCAAGGUUACAUGCGACGUGUCCAUUUACUCGCUGUACCUAUCACAGAAGGACUAUCCCCAGUGCGAGUUCCUGCCGACUGUCGAGGAUCAACUCGCUCUAUGGGAGCACUUGAGCGACAUCGAUGUCUUCUCCAUCGGCAGUCUGCCUUACCAGUUGGCUACCGCUACUGGCGCCAAGGCCGACGCCACAGUUGGAAUUGCAGAUGCUCUUCCACUCCUUCUCACCUCUGUCAGCGAGGGCAAGCUCACCAUCGACGACAUCAAGAAGCGUCUGCACGACAACCCUGUGGAGAUCUUUGAGCUGCACGAUCAGACCGGUACUUUCGUGGAGGUCGAGAUCGAGCGUCCUUCCACCGUCCCCGCCUCUGCUGGCUGGUCUCCAUUCGCUGAGCGUGUCAUGAGGGGAGCCGUUCAGCGCAUCACUUUCCAGAGCAGGCUUGUCUGCCUCGAUGGACAAAUUCUCGAAGGCUCUGCCAUCGGCAAGGACAUGUCAAGACACGGCGCUCUUCCGCCACCUAUGUCGCCGUUGAUGAAGCCACUUGCGCAAGCUGCAGAGACUCCACGCGGGACAGAUCGACGCUCCUCAGUGAUCGGUUCGGCGCGGCCUCUUGUGAAGCCUCGCGGCUUGGACAGCGCUCUUGGUCAUUCUUUCAAGAACCCUGUCUUCGAGGACUUCGGCCCCUCACUGCCACUGCAGCCCGCACAUGAGAGUCCUCUGCAGGCGCUGCUUACCCAGCCGCACUCGUUCAAGAUGUCUCAUGUCCUCUCGGUCACCCAGUACACUCGGGCUGACCUCCAUCUCCUGUUCACCGUUGCACAGGAAAUGCGAACUGGGGUUCAGCGUGAAGGCGUAUUAAACCUGCUCAAGGGCCGUCUGCUCUGCACGCUGUUCUAUGAGCCCUCGACCCGGACAUCAGCCUCAUUCGACGCCGCAAUGCAGCGCCUCGGUGGACGAACUAUCGCCAUUUCCACGUCGACUUCCUCGGUCAAGAAGGGCGAGACACUACAGGACACACUGCGGACUCUAGCUUGCUACGGAGACGCUGUUGUCCUACGGCACCCUGAGGAAAACUCGGUCAAGGUCGCAAGGAAGUUCUCGCCUGUGCCAGUCAUCAACGGUGGUAACGGGUCCAAGGAGCAUCCCACUCAGGCCUUCCUGGAUCUCUUCACCAUUCGUGAGGAGCUGGGCACCGUACAGGGUCUGACCAUCACCUUUGUUGGUGACCUGCUCUACGGCCGCCCGGUGCACUCGCUGGUCUACCUGCUCCAACACUACCAGGUCAAGGUGCAGCUCGUGUCCCCCAAGAGCCUGUCGCUGCCGCCGCAGGUGCACGAACAGCUUGUCAAGUCCGGCCAGCUGCUCACCGUGUCGGAGACGCUGACGCCCGAGAUCCUGGCCCGCAGCGACGUCCUAUACUGCACGCGCGUGCAGCAGGAGCGCUUCCCCAGCAGUGAGGAGUACGAGAAGGUCCGUGGCGCGUACCGCAUCGACAACGCCACGCUGCAGCACGCCAAGAGCAGCAUGAUCGUUAUGCACCCGCUCCCCAGGAACGAGGAGAUUGCGGAGGAGGUGGACUUUGACCCUAGGGCGGCAUACUUCAGACAGAUGAAGUAUGGUCUUUACACCCGCAUGGCUCUCUUGGCUCUCGUUAUGUCCAACUGA